ACCCACGUCGUCUCCGGACAAUUUGGCAUUUCCCAAACUCAUAACGCUGCCCGCACAUUUGGCCGAAAUCGAGCAGCAUUGGCGUAAUGGGAGGCAGAGAUUCACAAAAACAAUGACCACCCCAUUCUGACUUGCCUUUUUGCAUUUUCCUUCGUCCUUCAUUUUCAUCGACCUUCAUUCUUCUUCUUCUUCGUCUUCUCCAGCGAUCUCACCAGAGUUGCUGCGACCCAUUCAUUUCCCAGCUGCUCGUGUUCCGUAAUGGCGGGGUGAACUCCCCUUCCUUUAUCGGACCCUUGCUCUCUCGCUCUUCCAUUUCUCGAUCACAAGGCUCUGCUUCUUGUUCUUGAUAUUCAUUAUAGGUCGGCAGCGUAACUUUUCCGAUUACUAUUCCAUGCUGACGGGAAUUUGCGGCGGCGGAGGAGACGAAUGGGUUGCAUCAGCUCGAAACGGGCGGCUCCGAGGUCCCCAUGUAUUGAGUAUUCAGCGGCAUUGACAAAGAACGGCUCUGUUGUUCUUGAGCCUUCCUUGAGCAGCAAGAAAAAGACCGAGCAGAAUACUAAUAAUCUCAACUCGUGUCAUUCUUCCGAGUUGCGGAAGAUCGGCAGCAGUAAGAAGAAGGGCAAUGGUUUUAACAAGAAGGAUCAGGCUGAUCAGACCCACAAUGUUGAGGAGAAGGACAACAACAGUAAGGACAAUAAGCCGUCCGAGGAUCAUAAGAGCAAGGAACUGAAGAAUAUUAAGUCCAAGAAGGAGGGCUUUGGGAAAGGUGGUUUCAGCUUCAAGUUUGGUUUCUCUCAUAGAUCUUUGGAGGCUGAACAAGUAGCCGCCGGCUGGCCUUCUUGGCUCAGCGCUGCUGCCGGAGAAGCCAUCUACGGUUGGGUGCCCCUCAAGGCUGACGCUUAUGAAAAGUUGGAGAAGAUUGGACAAGGAACAUACAGCAGUGUAUUUAGAGCACGGGAAGUUGAAACUGGGAGGAUUCUGGCACUUAAGAAAGUGCGUUUUGACAACUUUCAACCAGAGAGUAUUAGGUUUAUGGCUCGGGAGAUUAUGAUUCUUCGUAGGCUUGAUCAUCCGAACAUUAUGAAACUGGAGGGGAUAAUAACAUCUAGAUCAUCGAGUAGCAUAUAUCUAGUGUUUGAAUACAUGGAGCAUGAUCUGGCUGGACUAGUUGCUGCUAAUGACAUCAAAUUUAGUGAUGUGCAGAUUAAAUGCUACAUGAGGCAGUUAUUCUCGGCAGUGGAGCAUUGUCAUAUGAGAGGUAUUAUGCAUCGAGACAUCAAGGCAUCGAAUAUAUUGGUGAACAAUGAUGGGAUUCUGAAGUUGGCAGAUUUUGGAUUGGCAAAUGUGGUAAACUCAAAAAGCAAGCAACCAUUAACAAGUAGGGUGGUGACAUUGUGGUAUCGUCCUCCGGAACUCUUGAUGGGGGCAACUGAGUAUGGAGUAUCCGUGGAUCUCUGGAGUGUGGGAUGUGUGCUUGCAGAACUCUUUCUAGGGAAGCCUAUUCUUAAAGGAAGAACUGAGGUUGAACAAUUACACAAAAUUUUCAAGCUUUGUGGUUCUCCACCUGAAGAGUACUGGAAGAACUCGAAGCUUCCUCAUGCAACAAUGUUUAAACCUCAGUAUUCUUAUGAGAGCUCUCUUAAGGAGAGAUGCAAGGAAUUUCCAACCACAUCAGUGGACUUGUUACAAACGCUUCUUUCAGUAGAACCUUACAAGCGUGGAACUGCCUCCUCUGCCCUUAUGUCUGAGUAUUUCAGAACAAAGCCUUAUGCUUGCGAACCAUCAAAGUUGCCCAAGUAUCCUCCUACCAAGGAAAUGGAUGCUAAGAGUCGUGAAGAUGCACAGAAGAAAAAGCAUGGUCCUCGAGCACGAGAUACAGCAGCCAGGAAACCAAGGAGAUUCCGAAAGAAUUUGCAAGAGACCAACUCUGCAAAGAUAGCACUAAAAGAGGAUGGACAAGACGAUAACAGUAACCAAUCUUCUCAUAGAAACAACGGAGGUUACCCCCAUAUCUUAAGGCCAAAAACAAACCUUCUGCAUAGAGAGUCUCAGAAAGCAGCAUUCGAUACAGUUUCAGAGAACUGCGAGUUCAAUGCAACCCAAGGAGACAGCACAGUAUCGUCUGCUGCAGACGCACAAUCAGGAGGAGCAAGCGGCUUUGCAUGGGCUAAAAGGCGAAAUGCAGAAUUCAGUACUAAAUCUGUGGUUUCAGAUGGUUCAAAAAGCCAGUUCAGUGUGUUAGAUACAACUUUCGCCAAAAGUGCAUUUGAUCUGUCAAAACCAGGGAAUGAAUAUGCCAAGGCAAUCCGAAAGAUGCGAACUUUUGAUGGAUCAGAACUUUUCGAUGCAGAAGUUCCCGAAUAUAUAGAAAACAGGGUUCACAAAUCAGUAGACAAACAUGUCAUUGACUUCUCGGGUCCAUUACUAACCCAACAGAGUAGAAUGGAUGAACACUUGCGAAGAAACGAGAGCCAAAUUCGACAUGUGGCUCGCAGAUCAAGAUUCGAAAGAGAAGCAGAACCAGCACCCUCACAGUGAAACACCCAAAAGUUCGGCAAUGCUUGUUCAAACAAAAUCAUCGAAAACCGUCCCGCAUAGCUGGAUCGACAUGAUUCAAAUUGACAUAUAUCUUGUGUUGAGUUCCAUUCUAACGUGUUCAUUAGUGAUUCCCUUGGAGAAAGUUUCAUACCAACAGUGUACACAGAAACACCUUAGAAGACAAUGUAGUGAACAGAACCCAAACAAACAACAAUUUUUUUAGAAGCGAAAACUGCUCUGCUGUGCUCUAAUUACCACUGUCUAUCUCUAUCUGAAUUAUUACUUAAUUGGGUAUUAUACAAUUUCAUGUGCAGUACAAAAUCAAUACGAUUACCAUGAGCAACAAAUUUCUACAUAAAAUUGCAAAAUUGAUGAACCCAAUUGAAAAACUGAUGAACCCAGAUGGGAUCAAGAGCACAGGAACUGAAAGAAGAGAUCUUGAGAGAAGGAAAGAGAAUGUAGGGCGAAUAGAACGCUCUCAAGCUAGAGAGAGCAGGAGAGCGGACAUGGAUGCCCCCAAAGCAAGUUUGUUAAUGUGCGCCCAACGCACUAACGUGCGCCACGAUUAAACCUCUCCCGUGGAAUACCACGCCACCCCUAACUCAAGAGGGAA